AUGUGCAUAAAGCAGAACUGGUUCGAUGGAACUGGUUUAAAGAAAUUAGAAGAAUUAAUUGGUAUGGCUCGAUGGAAAGUGGUUUGGCUGACCGCAGUCCUGUGCCCGCGGCUUGCUGCCGCCAACAACCUGACAUUAUCUUUCUCCUCUCGUAAGACUAGGGAACAUCCUUUCAGGGGACAUAUCGCUCGCUGGACGCAGACCUCGGAGGACACGACCAAGCGGAUGACUUAUCGGGAGAUGAACAUGAUUCUGCGACAGGAAGGAGGCGAGGACGGGCUUCCAGUCGAUUGCUGCCCGACGGUAUUGGAAAUGGUGGAACCGGUCGGCGGUCGAAAUCGCGAGGACAUGUACGUUCAGCUCUAUCGGGACGGUCAGAACGCGCAGAGGUUCUUCGAGUACUCGUGCCGGCCAGACGUCCUCGACAAGCCGUGCCGGUUCAUCGACCGGAAGUUCAGUAACCAGUCCAGAUGUGUGCAGAAAUUCUCGUACACUUACGCUAUCAUUGAGAAUUCUGGACCGAAGGGUGGCAAAGGGGAGCACAAGAGGCACCACAAGGAACGUCUGACGUUCACCGCGAACACAGAGGGCGGGUCGAUGUGGACGUUGGACUACAUCAGGGUGCGAAGCGGCUGCAGCUGCGAGGUCAUGCCGAAACCGAAAAAGAAGAAGAAAUGCAAGAAGUGUAAACCGAGGGGGGACCAAGAUUUCUUCGACACGGAGACGUGA